AUGGCGGAGAUAGCCGUGCGGUCUCGCGAGGACCACGAGAUAUGGCUAAUGCUUUCUAGAGAGAUAGCACAUGGCGCCGCCCACGAUUCAGCCGAACGUCACCCCAUCUCUUCAUGUCUUUCAGGAACUCGGUUUCGGGUCUUGGAUACUUUGGAAGCCUCUCUUUCGCAGGUGGAUCGCAAGGUCGUUUGGCUUUUCGGGAGGGCAGGGGCGGGAAAAUCGAGCGUUGCUUACUCGCUCGCGGAACGACUCCGUGAACAGGACAAGCUGGCGGCAAGCUUCUUCUUCUCCCAGAAGCAUCUUAGUCGCAGCAAUACCGACCGCGUGUUCCUCACCAUUGCCUAUCAGCUUGGUCUCCGUCAUCAUCGUGCUAAAGCGUGCGUCAUCGAAGCCAUUAGGAGGGAUCCUACCCUACUCAGACCCGAGACCUCUCGCCGCGAGCAAUGUGAACGUUUGGUCGUCGAGCCGUUGAAGAGUCUCAGAAACGUAUGGGGAGGUGGCGAUAAGGUGAUGAUAUUCGAUGCUGCGGAGGAGGCUGAAGCGCCUGCAGGCAAGGGAGGCCAGAUCAGGGAGUCGGUGCUCUUGCUGACGGAGCUAAUUCGCAACACAUCACCCCAUCCUCUCCCCAUCAGUGGCAUCCUCAUUACGAGUAGGCCCUUUCCCCGACUCGAGAAUAUCCUCAAAGAGCCGGGCAUCACGGACCUGUUCAUACGACAUUCUCUCGAGGACUUUGACGCUGUUCGCGACGUGACGUUAUACCUUCAAUAUUACCUCUGCGAAGUUCGCAACAACGACGACCGCCUUUAUAGGUACCCUUGUCCCUGGCCUAUCGACGGCGACCUUAGUAUGAUGGCCAAACUUAUGAAAGGGCAUUUCAUCGUUGCUGCAACUGUCCAGCGACUCGUCCAGGUUGCUGACGAUCCCGUGCACCGCCUUGAUACUAUCACGCGGUUCUACCGAGGUGACGUCCGCCUUGGCAGAGCCAGAGGCGACAUCGAUUCGAUCUAUCACUUCGUCCUCUCCAACUGCGACGAAUCGAUUCGGCGCCCUGCUGUUGAAUGCCUCGCUGACGUUAUGUCCCUCGCCGAGCCCUUGACGCCCAUGCUUCUGUGGGAGUUGUUCGGAUACGACGCUCGGGACCGCAUCUCCCAUCUCGCUGCUGUCGUUAAUAUCCCCCAUUCGAGAUCGUCCCUCGACCCCAUUCAGAUUUACCAUGUCUCCUUACGCGACUACGUUUCUGACCAGCGUCGCUCAGGCGGGUUUUAUGUGGAUGCUUCCGAGUCUCACCAGAGGCUCGCGUUCAUGUGCCUGACGGUCAUGCAGAGACAACUGGAGGAUUCUUAUGGUGGUGGCGAACCAUCACAUAGGCAUUCGAACUUCCCCAACCUCGCCGACCGCCACAAUAAACGGAUCAUUGGGUGCUUGCAGUACGCUUGUCAAUACUGGGCGCAUCAUCUCGAACGGGCGAAGGACGAUGAGGGGCUGCAUGUUCUCGUGCUUGAUUUCCUAGAGAAUCGACGAUCGUCAUUUGUGGAGUUUUUGUCCUUGCUAGUCAACCGAGAUAUGGUCUUCACUGUGUUGUCUGGUGCUCGUCGGGUUGUUGCGACAUGGUCAACAUCCGAAGAACACUCGCGCGCACUACGAUUACUUGACAGCACCCUGCAGUUGGUCACCCCCGCCAACGUUCGUCGUUCUGCCGUCGAUAUAUAUCCGGACGGAGCACUCAGCAAGAAUCGGACCCGUCGUCCUAGUAUGACGUCCCCCACUUCAUACUCGGGAACCUCCGGCGUUCCUAUGCACACCGUGCGGUGGGAGUCAAAGGUUGUGACACCUGAGGGUAAGGCUGACACAAACGACGACUCUUCGGCCACUUUCGUUAGCUUAUGGGCUCUUGUUACUAUGUUAUUCGUCAUGUCGUACCUUCUUAUUUAG